UGGGAAUUAUGGAGUUGAGGGUGAAAGCUUCUGCAGAAUCAUUCAUAAGCAAUUGGAGGAAUUGGGAGACAUAGCGGCGGGAUGAGCGCGACCUCGCUCAUAUUGUGAGAACUUUUUAAUUCUUGAACGAACUGCAAGAUGUCAGGCCAUAUGGAAGGCCUCAACGUGCAUGUGUGUGUAUCCAUGGACAGUACAUGGGCUGAACAGUUUCCAAAUAUAUUCCAAAUACAAUAUUUUUUCCGUAUAGUUUAUAUUAAUGUCACAUACAUUGCAAAACCUCGCACCAUAUUUGGGGAUUUACAGUAUAUAUGAACCAUAUAUAGUUCCAUAUUUAUUAAGAAUGGCCAAAACAUGAUACGGACUGAACUGUUUCCAAACAAGGCUAAAUUCAGUACUGUACAAUCCUAUACAUUUUACGCUUCUAUUUGGAAGUUCCGUAAGGGUAUUCAUAGUAGGGUAGAUUAUGGGCGUAAGUACUUAACCGCAGAACUCCGUACCAAUGUAUUACACAGUGACGUGAGAUAGUAGUUUCAUAUCAAUCGAAGCAUAUUAUCGAUCGAGUGGGAAUUAUGGAUUUAGUACUAAAUGAAUUUUCCUGAGAGUCAUGAUUGCGUCACCAUGAUUGGUGCAAAUGAACUUCCAAAGGGUGCCUAUGGAAACCCAGGGGUGAGGAUGGAGAGCGAUCAUUAAUGGCAUUCCCUUCGGCAUCGUCUGGGGCGAUGUCGAAGUUGGAGUGCUACGCCGAUCAAAAAUAUAUGAAACUUGAGCAGUCGUUUUGCCUUCCUUCUGUUAGUCCUGUCACGAGUUGCGGAAGAAUCAGUGAUUACAAGUUAGUUCCAUUCCAGCAUCCGCGCCUCCUGGCUACGCCUUCGACAGUACCACUGGAUUUUAUUACAAAUAUAUCGGGAUAUGGAUGGACUACGAGUGGGCAAAGACGACAUGCGAAAAUGAUGGUGCCCGUCUGGCCAUGGAGACGGACAAUGCCACUGCAAGCGUCAUCGAGAUGACAGCCAAUUCCUAUGGGCAAUAUUUACUCUGGCUAGGCUGCAAUGAUGCUGCACAAGAUGGGAACUGGAUCUGCCAUCGGAAUCCCUGCCUAUAUAAAGAGUCCUGGACCACAAUCGGUAUUUUCGAUGGUCCGCGUGUCUGCGUGGCAUGGAUGUGGGAGGAGAGCAUAGAGCGUAUAUACAGUAGACUGGAGAGGCGCAUCCCAUCCCGUGCUGCGAGGCAGGCACGGACGGUCCUCGCGGCUGCCAUCUUGGGAUUGGAGAAGCACUCCAUCUCCCAUCUGAUUCUAUUGCGGAAUUCUGUUCGAUAA